GGUGGUACGGUCAGAAAUCACUUUGAGGAAUAUAAGGCUCCUCAUCUCAAUGCAACCAUGGCAACACUGCUUCAGACAAUAAAGAGCAAGGUAUAUAUCCACUUGAUAAAUGUGGACACCUACCCAUAUCCAUAGACAGGAACAGUAGGGUCGUGGGGUGUAAAUUUGUAUACUUCAGUUCCUCUUGGAACUGUUUUUUGAUAGGUGUGAAAUUAUAAAAAGGAAAGAAAGAUAAAAUGAUGAAUUUAAUUUAUUGUCAAUGUUCAUAUUCUUAGAAAGUGCCUUUAUGUGAAUCAGUGGACAGUGCAAUGUUUGAGUGGAGGGUGGAUCUGACGCAGUCUGGAAAUGGAGAUUUUAUCAGCCCGCCAGUGCAAAGCAAGCUGGUGACGACCACUUGUGGAGUGAGGAGAUCGAAUGGUUUCUUUGACCUGCAUAUUUUUGUAGGAAGUGAAAUGGGCAUCACCUCCCUGUUAACAUCAGGAAUGUAAGUGACUCCUCUAAGAAAAGCAAAAUAACAUUAAGUCAUCAUCAAGUGACACUAAUCAAACAGCAUAUUUAUUUAUAUCACUAGGGAAAACAAUAUAUUCUUGAGUUGCGCAUAGGAAUAAUAUGGCAGAACAACUUCCACCAUCUGUCCUAAUUUAUUUCUGCAGUGUGUCUACUUUUGAUACUUAUGUGAUUAUGUUAUAUUUUUUUUGGUUCUGCCGCCUUUUUCCCGGAUGUCUACAGGUGAUAGUUACAGCUGUUAUAUGAAUACCUUGUCAUUAUGGACAGUUUUCCAUUAAUACAGACACUUUCUGUGGCUGACAAAUAAUUAACGGAUGUCACUGUACGUAUCUUGAAUGAAACACUUACAGUGUUAUUGCAUAUUCUCUCUGUAGGGUUUCAUGGAAAACCGAAUCA